GAAACCUUCAAUCAUGGCGCCCAAAGGGGGACUCUACGCGUGCGAUGAUCCAACGUACUGGAGGGCGGUUUUGAACCUUUACCAGGAGGCCGUCGCGGCCAAAGCAGGCCGGCGUAAAAACCUCAUUGCCUUGGAUAAAUGGUAUCAAGAAGAGCUACCAACUGCUGUGGUUGGGCGGAAGGUAAAAUAUUUAACUAAACCGGAGCUGGUGAAGCUAAUGGAAUGGAAGCUUUCUAGAGGCAAAUUUCGUCCUCGGUUGCAGCAACUGGUGGCCACCAACUCCGAUGAGACAGUGGAGAAGUGUACCAAGGAAGCCUUCCAGCUCCUCCCCGAUGUAGCAGCAGCUGUCAGUGAGCUGAGCAAACUCAAGGCUGUGGGACCCGCGACGGCUUCAGCAAUUCUAGCUGCUGGAGCCCCCGAAGUGGCGCCGUUUAUGGCCGACGAAGCAGCGGAAUCCAUCCCAGGCCUCACCCCGAUCCAGUACACCCUCAAGCACUACCUGCUCUACUUGGACCGGAUCCGAAGCUGUGUCGAGAAGCUAAACAAAGCUGACGCAGCGACGACGUGGACUCCUCACGGUGUGGAGCUGUGCCUCUGGGCCUGGGCUGUAGCCGAAAAGCUGCAGCUGCCCUCACUGCAGGCUCUGGGCACGGAGCGAGCGAAAGCAAGCAGUGGCGACCAAACCGACGAGCCUAGAAAGAGACGGAAAACAGAAUGAAGGCUUCCAAGAUGUCCCGGCUUCAGCACGGAGCUCCCUUGCCAGAUGCACGAACACCGACGGCGAACCGCGUGCGGAGGCUGGCCUGUUAUUCUGGGUCUCGGGAGUUUUCAAGGGACAUUUUGUGCCACUGGCGGUUCCAGAGCCCCGCAUUUUCUGGCCGAACGAUGCAGCUGCUUCAUGCAGAACUAGGAGUAGCGCAGCUGCGCAACAUAGCUCCGCCCUCUUGACGCUGCUCUUGUUCCGCUUGCAGGGGGGAGCACACAGCACACAGACCAGCUUUUCCCACCCCAUCCCCCACCCCAAAUUCUGGAACUGUAAGUUGCCCUCAAAACAGGUUGGGCUUCCUGCCUUGAGCAUGUAGGUUAUAGGCGGAGUGUCACAGUUUCAUGGAAAAUGCAAGGUUCCCGAGGCCGGCAUUCCUUCGUCACGAUAUUGUGCGGUUACGGGGAGGGCUGUAGCAGAGAAUCAGCAAGCAGGGUGCUCAGUCCCUGCCUCCAGUACUGUGUACACACACACACACACACACACACACACACACACACACACACACACACACAUACUUUUGCUGUUGCAAAUAGGUGACGCUUGCUGGUUGUUUGGAAGGAUUUAACCUGAUUGACCUUCCUUUAUUUGUCUUGAUUGGCUUAAUUGGUUCUGCCCUUUCUUCCGCUCCUAUAUCUUGACCGCUUCCCUUCCAAUCUGGUUAAGCUCCUCCCUUUUCUUAUCUCUCUCUUCUUGCUCUGCAAUAAAGUUUUGACUUUUUUUUAUCUCUAGUAGUAGAA